UAAUAAUGGAAUUGAGGUGGAUAUGUAUUUAAUGUUAAAGACUCAAGGUAGCUUUAUAUUGUGGCACCCUUAAUUAAUGCCAAGCUCCAUAUUCUGGCACCUUUUUUUUUGUUUUUUGUUUUUUUGGUUUUUUUGUUUUUUUUGUUUUUUGUUUUUUCAUUUUUCUCAAUGCUAUACCAAUAGCUGUAACAAGUAAGAAAAACAUGUAAUCUUUUAAUUAUUUCGGUUACAAAAUUAAAAAAAUUAACAUAAAACUUUGCAAAAUAUGCAGGGUGAGGAGCUGAACAGAUACGGGGGUCUAUAUGUUCACAGGUAUCCUGAGCUGAAAAUGAAGGUGGUGGAUGGAAGUAGCUUAGCUGUGGCUGUAAUCUUAAACAGCAUUCCAAAAGGGACAACCGAAGUUCUUCUGAGAGGCAACCUCACCAAGGUUGCUUAUGCCACUGCCUUUGCUUUGUGUCAGAAGGGUAUCCAGGUAGCUACUUUGAACCAGACCGAGUAUUUGAAGCUAACAAAAUCAUUAAAUGUCACUGACAGUCGUUUGGUCCUUGCAAGAAGUUAUGCCCAAAAGAUUUGGUUAGUGGGAGAUGGAUUGAGUGAAGAAGAACAACUGAGAGCACCGAAAGGAACAUUAUUUGUUCCUUUCUCCCAAUUCCCACAAAAAAAACUGCGUAAAGACUGCUUCUACCACUACACUCCAGCAAUGAAGACACCCCCAUCUCUUGAGAAUGUUCAUGCUUGUGAGAAUUGGUUGCCAAGAAGGGUGAUGAGUGCAUGGCGCAUAGCAGGCAUAGUGCAUGCCUUGGAAGGCUGGAAGGAGCAUGAGUGUGGGUACAACAUGUCCAAUAUUGACAAAGUUUGGCAAGCAACUCUCCAACAUGGCUUUCAGCCUCUCAUGAUCUCUACCACCCACACCAAAAAUUAGUUGGCUUCAUCAAAAUAUUAAUGACAUGCACCCUCUUCUUUAUUAUAAGUAGUCCCUUAUUUCUGUUGGGUUUUUAAUUAUGUGACUAUUAUUAUGGCUUUUGGCUUUUGGCUUUUAUGUAACUCUGUUGUCAUGGCUUUUAUUAUCAUGGUGUGUAUCAGUUACUGUAUUGCGGAUAUAACUAUUUAUUGAAGUAGUAUUCAUUUCAAUAA